CACACAGAUACACAGCUGGCGACUGGAUCCACACAGCUAAGAACAGCUGGAUCUUGUUCACACUCAGCCAGAGGAAGAUUUCUUGGGUGAAGCAAAACCUCCCAGCCUGGACGCAGACCGGCGAGCUGUAAGGAAAACCUCUCAGAGAUACUGUUGCUGGUGCCAUGAUGCCAAAAGACAACGGCAACAGCCCAGACAGCAAAAGCUUCAUUGAGCAAGUCGUUAAGUAUUUCAUGGACUUUGUGAGCAGAGAGGAUCUGAAACUCCUGCUGACUGAAGGUGGAGCCUGGGAGAAACUGUUGGCAGAGGUUGGUUUGUCCGGGGAUGAGGCAAAUGAGCUCUGUGAAGCUCUGAAAAAGCUUAUGACAGUCUUGGCCACGGAGGACAAAGACAUGCUCCAGAAAGAACAGCAGGAUAGAAAGAGGUUUUUGAACGAGUUUCCUCGGACAAAAACGGAGCUUGAGGAGCUCAUAGGAAAGCUCCACGCCCUCGCGGACAAGGUUGACAAGGUACACAGGGACUGCACCAUCUCCAACGUGGUGGCCACCUCCACCGGCGUUGUCUCUGGCAUCCUGACCAUCUUUGGCCUGUCUCUGGCACCGGUGACAGCAGGGGCCAGUCUGGUGCUCUCGGCAACUGGGAUGGGGCUGGGAACAGCAGCUGCUGUGACUGGUGUUACCAGCCGCUUAGUGGAUUACUCAAGCAGUUCGUGGGCAAAAGGCGAAGCUGACCGCCUAGUGUCAGCCGGCAUCAGCAGGCAGGAGCUGGUUAGGAAGGUUGUGCCUCACGCUGUAUCCGAAAUUACUUCCCUAACCAGGAAGUACUACCCAGUCAUCCAACGCAUUGUGAAACACAUCAACGCCAUCAAGGAAGCCAAAGCCAACCCUUGCUUAGUAGCCGAGGCCAAGAGCUUCAUGACCGCCAGGACAGUCUCAGUCCAAAGCAGCAAGCAGGUGCCGGAAGCAUUCAGAGGCACUGCUCUGGCGAUGACCAAAGGAGCCCGCAUCAUGGGUGCGGCCACUGCAGGUGUUCUCCUUCUGGCAGACGUGAUCAGCCUUGUCAAAGAGUCAAAGCACUUGCACGAGGGGGCAAAGGCACAGUCGGGGAAAGAGCUGAGGCAGCGGGCUCAGGAGCUGGAGAAAAAGUUAGAGGAGCUCACCCAGAUCCACGAGGGUCUGCAGCUCCUGCCAAACUAAGUGACCCUCCACAGUGGCUCAGAGAUCAGGGCAGAUGUGCUGGACAAAGACAUGGGCAAAACAGAGGCAUUUGAUUAGAGGGGAAAAAAGGGUGAGAUAAAGUUUAUGGAACUGGGCAUUAAGGAGUUUGGCAUUUCUGUAGCUGAGCACAGUGUAUUAGUUUCUGUUGCUUAUAACAAAAUACACGGAACUGGUGAUUUAUAAGAAAACAAAAUUUAUUGCAUACAGUUUCAGAGGCUGGGAAGUCCAAAGUCCAGGGAACACAUCUGGUGAGGAUCUUGGUGGUGACAGUGACAACAGAGUAUAACAUUGCAAAAAUGGUGGAGCAUAGAGAGAGAGAGACUCUCUUUUCUUUUAAAGCCCUCAGAACCACGCCCCUGACCACCAUUUUUAAUCCAUUCACUACUGCCUGGUCCUACAAUCCAAUCACCUCUUCAAGGCCCCACCUCUAAAUUACCAUAAUAGGAUUUCUCACCCUCUUAACCGUCAUGGGGGGGGGCUGAGUUUCUAAUACAUAAAACGUGGGGGACACAAUUCAAGCUUCAGUUAAUUUCAGGGGGACAUAAUUCAAUUCACUACACACAGCAAGGGAGGUGUUAAUGCAGGUGGUAAGUGGGUCAGGGAGAAGGCAAGAAUGCUGGCCCCUCGGGUAAGGGAGGAGAGGGGACCUGGGAGUGUAGGAAAUGGGAAGAAACAGUUUAUUUGGACUAAGGAAUACAUUGGGGGGCACGAAUAGCAAGAGAAGGGUGCAGAAAAAGGCAAUAAGAAGGCCAGGAAAAUGAGGGCAGAAAAUGGGAGAAAGCCAAAGAGUCAGCACUAUUGGAAUAAAGGAGAAGAAAUGGGCUCCAGAACCGACCCUCCCCAUGGCUUGACAUCCCAGCAAGAAUGAAUUCUUUCCCUGGUGGUCUCUGGCCUUAUCUUUUCAUUAUCAACUCACCUUUGUCUUACAGUGGGUUUGUGUCAAUUGGGCAGUACUUCUCGAUGAUGGUGGUGGUGACAGCAGAGUAAGUGGAGCACUUGGCAAGUGACUGUUCCUGUU